AUGCACGGGCAAGCCACUGAACCCUUCUAUGCCAUUUGCUAUCCUAUUCUCGCGGUUAUCGGUGUUCCUGCAAACCUGGCAGUGAUCAUAAUUCUAUCGCGAGGACGAUGUGGUCUUUCUCACUGCGUCACCUUCUACCUGCUGGCAUUAGCUGUGACCGAUUUCCUUGUUAUCAUUUCUGGUUGUAUUCUCAACAGAAUCGGCGGAAUCUACUUUUCGAACAGUGUUAUGUUUACUACCCAAGGAUGCACCCUUAGCACUGUGGUCAUUUAUACAACUCGCGAUGGCUCAGUUUGGCUUACUGUGGCCUUUACCAUUGACCGCUUUGUGUCCAUCUGUUGUCACAGCCUAAAGAUUAGGUAUUGCACCCAAAAAACUGCUUCAUGGAUCAUAGGAAUGCUCUGUGUCCUGAGCUGCGCCAAGAACGUCCCAUACUAUUUUGUCUUUCAGCCAUUAUACGUGGUGGAUGGAGUGUCCUGGUUCUGCGAUAUCAAGCUUAUCUGUUACACAUCACCUGCCUGGCUGGCCUAUGACUGGCUGGACCAUAUCUUAACUCCUUGUCUUCCGUUCCUUGUCAUUCUGCUGCUUAAUAUCUUGACAGUGAGACACAUCUUGGCGACGAGCAGAAUUCGUCAGAAGCUCUGCAUCACCAAGAAUCAUGGAGACUUAGAGAUGUCCAACCGCAAAAAGUCCAUUGUCCUGCUCUUCGCCAUCUCUCUUAGCUUCCUACUCUUGUGGGCAGCCUAUAUUGUGCAUUACCUCUAUGGACAGCUUACAGGUGAGGGAUAUACAACGCCCAAUGAUCCAUGGUACAGCUUUCAAGAGAUAACCAACAUGUUCCAGUUAGUCAACUCCUUGAACAAUGUCUUCAUCUUUGCUGUGGCUCAGAAGAGAUUCCGGGAGGAGGCGAAGAAACUAAUAAUGUAUCCCUUCACUUGGCUCAUUGGAUGUUUUAAACAUUGCAAAAUAGACUGA